AUGCCAUCCACAACGCCAUCCACAACGUCGUCGACGGCGCUUACGACCACUUCAUCUGCACCAGCUUUGCCUGAUCGCCCGUCGACACUGAGUAGUACCGCCGGCUCGGAUGCAUACGGCACAUCUGCAUACAACUCUCCAUAUCGCAGCACUGUGGGCGGACUUGGAUCCACAUACGGCGGCAUGGGCUCAACAUACGGCACAUCGUAUGGCUCACCUUACUCGCGCUACGGAGGGAUGGGAACGAUGGGCGGCAUGGGAUACGGUGGAUACGGUGGUUACGGAAGCUACGGCGGAUACGGUGGUGGUGGUUACGGAGGAGGCUACGGAAUGGGAAUGGGUAUGGGCAUGGGUAUGGGCAUGGGGAUGGGAGGCAUGCCUGGUAUGCCAGGACAACCUGGCGAUGUAUCGCUGACACAACGAAUGGAAGCAGGAACACAAGCCACAUUCGAACUGAUCAGCAGCAUAGUCGGUGCUUUCGGUGGCUUCGCUCAGAUGCUGGAAAGCACCUUCAUGGCGACACACAGCAGCUUCUUCGCCAUGGUUGGUGUCGCCGACCAAUUCGCACACCUUCGCACAUACCUCGGACAAGUGCUCAGCAUCUUUGCCCUCGCACGAUACCUCAAGAACCUCGGUCUGCGUCUCGUUGGCAAAGCACCGCCUGUCGAGCUGGAUGCCCACGAGUUCAAAGGGUUCGCAGCGCACGCUCCCAGCGGUCAAGCCGGCAAAGCAGCUCGACCCAGUAAGCGACCUCUGAUUGUCUUUUUUAUGGCCGUCAUCGGUCUUCCCUACCUCAUGGGCAAGCUUGUUCGAUUCAUCACCGCCCAACAAGAAGCUCAACGCCAACGUCUCGAGCAGCAAAAUCGCAAUCCAGGCCAAGCGGGUAUGUUGCCAGGACAGCAUGGAGGUGGCAUGAUCUCGGCCAAUGAGAAUGACCAAGCGAUCGAUCCGAGCAAGUUGACGUUUGUUCGUGCACUCUAUGCUUACCCUGCGGCUGAUCCAUUGGAGUUGAGCUUGCAGCCAAACGAUAUUGUCGCGGUGCUGAGCAAGCAUGAUCCUCAGACUGGCGCCGAGAGCGCUUGGUGGAGAGGAAGGACGAGAGAUGGUCGUAUCGGUUGGUUCCCAAGUACAUAUGUUGAGUCAUUCGAGUUGGCCAAAGAGCGUGCUGCUAAAGCUGCUAAAGCUGCUUCUGCGGGGACUGCGACUGGUGGCAAGAAGACGACAGAGGCGACUACGGCCGAGAAGACAGCUGCCAAACCGGCGACUGUCAAGGCGAGAUGA